UGUGAGUUGAAUUUACAAUUUGAUUCAAGCAAUUUUCAAAAUAUAGAUCGUGAUUUGACUAGUUUUUGUUUUUAUACCAACUGACGUGUAUAACCUUUCAGAUUGUGAAGAAUGUUCGGAACUUUUUAUGUAUAAUCAAAUAACGGAAAGUUAGAUUGAACAUUGUUCAUGAGAUUCUAUUUAUGAAAAUGCAAGUUGAUUUGCUAAUUGGAGUCAAUACAUAUUUCUUUAAAGACAUCGUAAGUUUUUUCACGAGCCUGCAUUGAAGUUUCUUAUGUGUCCCCCCCCCCCCCCUACCGAAAAGCAUAGCAAAAGAUAGGGUGCAUUGCCGAACAGGCGGUUUCAUAUUCAAACAUGGCAGCGCCGACAAGUGUUGUUGUUUUGGAUAGGGGCAACAAUACUACCUGUACUAUAAAUUUACACGGUGCAACGGUAGUAUCAUGGCGUGUGAACAACCAGGAACAGUUAUUUGUAAGCAAGCAGGCAGUUUUUGAUGGUAAAAAGGGGAUAAGAGGAGGAAUUCCGUUUGUAUUUCCUCAAUUUGGUCUCUGGGCGUUCGGACCGCAACACGGCUUCGGUCGAAUCGUGAGAUGGAACUUGGAGAAGUCACCUGACCGCCUGCCCAGUGGCGACAUGGAGGUCAUAUUCUCGUUGAUGGACAAUGAGCUCACCAGGUCCAUGUGGAACUACCCGUUUCGUAUAACGUAUAGACUAAUAUUGCGCGAAAAAGAACUGCAUUUCAAUAUCGGAGUCUACAAUCCGAGCAAAGAUUUGUCAUUCAGCUUUAACCUUCUGCUUCACACAUACUUCAAGGUGCCCGACGUAAGGAGGUGUCAGGUUACUGGGCUUCACGGCUGCACAUUUAUAGAUAAGACGCGAGACAAUGCUGUAUUCCAGGAAGGUAGAGAAUCGGUGACGAUUUCUGAAUGGACUGACAGAAUUUACCAGAAUACUCCUCAGGAGCAUAUAAUUACAAAUGUCGUUUCUGGCAGGAAAAUGAGGAUACAAAAAUAUAACUUUCCAGACACAGUUGUGUGGAAUCCUUGGGUGGAAAAGUCGAAAGAGAUUUCCGACUUUGGUGAUGACGAGUAUCCGAAUAUGAUCUGCGUGGAGUCAGGUCACGUGUCCAGUCCUGUUGUCCUUCUGCCCGGCACUGCGUUCGAAGCUAGCCAAAUUCUACAGGUGAUGUGAGUGGAAGGAGGGGCAGCUGCCGGAGGGGGGCCGGUGGCGGUGAGCCGCAGAGGGGGAGGGGGCAGAGGAGGGGCGGUUGCCAGCUGCACCCCUCUAAUCCAGUGGGCACCGAUGAGCGCCCCCUGGCUGUAUGGCUGCAUGGGCGACAACCGACUGUUCAUCGAAAAGUCAUCUGCGCAUGCGCCAUCGUCCUUGGCCACGCCCAUUCUUAACUCUGUGCAUGCGCCGCCGUCCUUGGCCACGCCCACUCUCAACUCUGCGCAUGCACAUCAUCCGCCAUGCAACCAGCACUCCGACUGCAGCCUUUGCUCCCUCAACCUUUGAUACAUUCUGGUCAACAAGAUACGCAUUUGUAGUACAAUAUACUCGAAACAAAAUAUUAUCUACUUCUAGACUGUUAUUAUCAUCAAAUACAGCAUUGAUAUCACCUUGGCAAUUUCAACAACAGAUGGCAAUAUUAAAAAAUCAAGAGGUUAUUGUAAACGUCGCGUUGAUGUCAGUGUAUUUACAAAGCGGGGUAACCGCGUAGUGAGAAGGUAGAGAUAGGAGUCGAGGUCGAGAUAGAGGUACCUCAAUGUAACACAAGUAGCCUACAUUGUGUGUUAUGGCACCACCUCCGUAAACAAAGCCGUAGUGCAUUCGUGAGACGUCAGCACAGGUAGGGCUCCUAAACCAAUAAAAAAACUAGCUGAUAUAGAUCACCUAAAAUCAAAGAAUUUUUAUAGGUGUAGGUGUAGGAGCCCUACCUGUGCUGACGUCACACGAAUGCACUACGGCUUUGUUUACGGAGGUAGAGGUCGAUCUCGAAAUAGAAGUGCUUCAAUGUAACACAAAUACAUAUUAUAAUACAUGUUGGCGCCCGCAUGUUGAGUUGGUCGAGGUAAGCCGCGCGGUAAACAUCUAUCUCGACCACCUCAUCAUGCAGGUGCCACCAACAUGUAUCAUAUGUAUGUAUUUGUGUUAAAUUGAGACACCUCUAUCUCCUCACUAUGCCAGCACUCUUACAUCCGUACUACCUCUCCUCUAUCUCCGCACUAUGCGAUUACCAUUUGCCUCUGUAAACUCAAUAAUUAAGUAUAUCAUCCGUAUUUAAUUUAAAACAAUAAACAUACAUCAUGUGUCUCAGUGUUAAGAGUCGACGUUCCCCAACUGUAAUAUUAUAUCGAUUAUACAAAUCAUAUCGCACAAUUUUUGUUUUUCUUGUUAAUUUGUUUGAUUCUAUGAAUGAUUCAAUUUUCAGCUACUUGAUACAUAGAAUAUUCAUAGGAUCAACCCCGAAACGUUUGUGAGGUACCGGUAAUUUUAAAACAAAUCCCAGGGAGUGAGAACUAUAAAUCUAAGUACCCUUUUUAAAAUUAUUCUGGGCAUGUUUCGGCUAAUUUUAAAAAGGGUUCUUAGUAUAUUCAAAAGUAGCCCUAAAGAAAAAAAGAUAGUGAUAAUUAUACAUAUUUUUCUCUCCUUUUUCGCUGAGAUAGUUUGCAUUGUGAGGAUACAGACUAGUAUCUUUGAUUAUGGAUACGUUGAGUUAUCCUUUAAUAUCCUAAGGUAUCCUAAAAUACGUUAAGGUAAACCUUAGUAUAGUAUAAUACCUUGAUGUAUCCAUAAUCAAAGCUAGUAUGUACUAUCUUAUUCAACAUUAAUUUAUGAAAAAUGUUGUUUUUUGUAUUUGGUUAUCAAUGAAGUUCUAAAUGUACGAUAUCAGCUUAGAUUGAUGAAGUUAUUCAUUUCUAAUAAUUGAAUGUGAUGAAUUUUUGAUGGAGAGGUAUCAAAUUGUAGGUUUUGUACUCUUCUGAAAUAUAACAGUUUUUUACCUCAUUUGGGGUCUUGCUUAGCAGAGUUGGUUGUAUUGAAUUAUCUUAAUAAUACAGUAUAAAAUAACUAUAUUAUAGUACCUACUAGGUCAUGUUGUAUAUUAUAUUCAGAAACUAAAGUAAAUAGUCAAGAUCGAUAGUGAAGAGUAGAGUAAUAUUAUCAAAGACUUGUUUUAAAUAUGUUUUGUAUAUAUUUUUAAAAGCCUGAUUAUAAGUAAAUAGAUCCCUGUCUUUUCUUUUACAUACACUAUAUAUACAACAUUAUUGUUUUUUGUUGAGUUCGAAAAAUGAAAUGUGAACUGUGAAGGUAUUUCUUCAAAGCUGGUUCUUCCAAACUUCUAAUUCAAAUAAAAUAUCCAAAGAUGCAAGAAAAUGUUGAACUAAUAAUAUUGAAUUAGCAUUAGGCUGAUAAAAAGUUUUAUGAGUUUGAUAAAACAAAAAUAAUAGUCCUCUUCUAUAAUACAGUAAUAUUGAAAAAAUUACAAGAAAUUAUUCUUUCAUCUCAUUAUACGUGCUAAAAUCGUUUUAAUAAAGUGUUAAAUGCAUUAUUUUGUUGGUCUGAUUUUGUUGAAAGUGAUGACUGUUUUAAUACACAAUACAGUUUCUUACAAUAUCGAUUAUACUGUAUUUUAAAUCAUAAACUAUUCAUAGCUAUUUCAAAAAUAAAACUUUUCAAUGAUCCUCAUACUUUCAAAAAGUAUCAAUCUCAUACUAUUAUUACACAUUCCACGAUUCCAAAAAAUCUAUUACCGUAAUUUACAAUGAAUUAAACUGGCGUUAGUAACAUAAAAUUAUUCCAUUGUUGAAUAAUUAUUCGAAAUGUUGAAGUAGGCUAUAGUUCCUUGAUCAGGUAGUGAAUGACAAUGAAUGUUUACAGUGAGAAUUACAUUCCUGUUUCUCAAGACUCAUCAAUUUUAUAAUAUUGAUGAUCAGUCAUUAAUGUUAUACUUUUUUGUUAAUUUUGCAGUUAGUUGAUUGAAAUGUUAUUAGUGAAAUUUGUUUUUAAUUGAUAUUAAUAAAUCUGUUCUUAAGA